GUAGCCAAUACGCCAGACAUCUACACCCACGGUUUAUUAACCCUAUAUCAUACUUCUGAUCACAAUGGGGGACAGUAGCAAAGGUAAAUCCAAAGAGCGGGAUAACCGUCAAGAUAGGGAGGGCCGAUCAGUAGGCAGACAAGUCGAUCCGUACGAUCCCAGAUACAUGGAAAGAACUCUAGCAGAAAAUAGAGCCCGGUGCUCUUGUGGAGAUACCCAAGCCUGCUCAGCCCCACGGCACACUCGAGACCCUGGUCCAUACGGCAGCAGCCAAGCGGCAUACAACGCAAGCCUCCUGCGACCUGCAGACGAAGUAUCCCCUGAGAGACGUGACCUUCACGAUCGAGUAACGGGUUGGAUGCAAACACCAAGCUUUCCGGAUUCGGCUCCUCCUACGGGGCAGCAGCAGUAUGCAUCUCCCUCGAGUGCCACCUCUGGGUUUGUCGCAGGACCCAGUACCACAGCCGCGUGGCCUACAGACCCGAACACGAUGGCCCCAAGCGACGUCGCGAGCCACUACAACAAAAGCGACGGAGCGAGCAGACAAUCUAGCCGCUCGUAUAACCCUUCUAAUCCCGCGAGCCUCUAUGACACGGGCCCCAAUGUUGUCUUGAACGAGAGACGGAUGCGUGAGGAAUUUCGGAAUCGGGUGAUCAUUUCCGAAAACCCAAAUCAGCGCCGUAGGGAGCAAGAAAAGGAGCGUAAAGAAGACAAGCGACGUGGGAAGGAAAGAGCCCAGUAA